CUUCCAAGACUGCACACAUACGUGAACGUGCAGACUCAUACUUUUACUCGGGAUGCUUUUAUAAAGAGAUAUUUUUCGACGCCGAAGUACUCAAGACUACAGUCACCUAACAGCCUUUCGGAAACGAGGGUACAGAUUUAGCGUAAACACGAAUUUUUUUUAUUCAAAGAUUGGAUCACAGCGACGGGGAGCAUUUUUCACUGAAUUUCAAUAAAAAGUAUCGAGGUUAAUUAUUGAUACAAGUGUGAUCGUGUUUUGUCGAACAAUGUCUCUGAUACCGAUGCUGUAUUCGGAUUGGUGGGAGGACCUUGAUCGUCCUCACAGUCUGCUUGAUCAACAUUUCGGUUUACCGGCUGAUCCAGAGGAAAUUUCAUCGCAACGUGCCGUUGCGAUGAACCGUCACGCUGAGAAUCUCGGUUAUCCGUUUUUUCGUCGUAUGCGAAGACGCCAUCAUCCCUUUCAUCACGCGCUAGCACGAAAGCUUGCGAAUAACAACAAAGGCGGCGGCCAUAACAAUACCGACCGAGAUAAGUUCGUCAUAAAUUUGGACGUCAAACAGUUUGGUCUCGAUGAAAUAGUCGUUAAAUUGAUCGAAAAGAGCGUCGUCGUUGUCGAUGCCAAACACGAAGAAAAGGAGGACGAACACGGCUGGAUUUCAAGACAAUUUACACGAAAAUACAACGUGCCACCUUAUUACGACACCGAACAGAUCGAAUCAUUCCUAUCGUCCGAUGGAAUUCUCACGAUUACAGCCCCAAAGAGAAAAUCUCUCGCAGACACUGAGAAAUUCAUAAAAAUCCAAUACACCGGCGAGCCAGCUGUUUUCGACAAACAAAACUCGAAAUCGCCCGAAGCAGGUCAUGUCGAAGAAUUUAGUCGCAACCAUCCACAACAGAGGGCUCCACAUAUGAGUCAACAGCAGCGCGGUAAAAAAAUCAACGUCAAGGGCAUUUAGGGGAAACUCAGCCGUUCUACACUUUCGUUACGUACAGACACACACAUACAAAUACCCUUUUAUGGAUGUACAUGAUCCGGUGAAGUCGAAACAUUUUUCUCUUGUAUUCUCAUUAUUACAAUUAAUUGAGCAAAUGAUGAUGAAAAUUUUCAGUGCUUUGAGUACUUAAACACAUUUAUCUUGUACUUUUUUUGUUGUGCUCCCGCCUCGUUUUAUCAGAGACAUUCUUCCCGAUAACGUUGUAAGCGAAACGAUAAAAAAAAAAAAAAAAAAAAACUUGACGUAAAAAUUUGAUCGAAAUUUCACUGUUUGGUGAGUGCUGAUAAAAAAAGUGAGUGGGAUGGUCUUCAUAUGUUUUGGAUACCUCGCAUCGUGAAUGCUCUGGAAGAUUCUCGAAGGUUUCCAGACACACGCGUGAAUUAGGGUGAUAAAAAAAUCAAUUUUUUUUUUUUUUUAAAUCUUUUAUAUUCACUAGUUGCAUUAACGUAUAUAAUGAAAAAACCCGAGCCCGGAUAUUAACAUUUAGGGGUUGCUCAUCGACAUUUUCUAUUUCCCGUUCAAAUAACACGAGGAAACAGCUUUUAUAACACAGCAACAUAUCAAGAACAAUCGAUGGCGCUACAAUUGGUAUAAAAUUGUCAGCCAUGUUGUUUAUUCUAGGUUGGUCUCCGUUCUAGUGAAUAACUCAGAUUCUAUUUUUAUUAUUUUCUAUCCUAGUUCUCGCUCAUUCAUGUCUCUGCGAGAAAGCAUUGAUCAGCUGUUCGUUGCGUCAACCGUUAUAUUGAACAGGUUUUACACGACAGGCGCCGGGGCGCCUCGUAUUAAGUGUUCAAGCGAUGAAAUUGGCAUAUUAUAUAUAAUAAUAAAAGAACUAAUUGUAUUUACGAUUAAAAAGAAAAUAAAAUAAAUAUCAUCUUGAAAUCUCA